CGGUCUGGACGAGGCCACCGAGGUGCCGCCAUGAAGCUGACGGUGAAGACUCUAAUGGGCAUCCACUUCCAGAUCCGGGUGCAGCACCAUGACACUAUUAUGGCUGUCAAGACGAAGAUUGAAGAGAUCCAAGGAAAGGAUAGCUAUCCACGGGGUCAACAAAUGCUCAUUUACAAGGGCAAGGUGUUGAAGGAUGAAAGCACACUGGACAAGAAUCAAGUUACUGAAGAUAAGUUCCUGAUCGUCAUGCUUUGUAAGAGUAAAGCUUUAGCUUCCACUGGAACUUCAUCUGCUAAGCCUUUGAGCACUCCUGUAUCCAGGCAAGCGCCUCCAAUUGCUCAACCUCAAGCUUCUCAAUCCAUGGUCUCAGCAACUACAACUGCUCAACCUGAAAUACCAUCUGCAGAUUGGAAUCAGGCCAACCCGUCGCGCUGUUUUGUUGCCUCCCCGGUGGUCCAAGGCGUGCAUCAACAAGCAGAAGGCCGACCUCCUAAAACCCUAGCGCGAGCAGCGGGUGGCGUGGGAAGGAAGGACGUCCGACGCUCCGGACGAGGCCACCGAGGUGCCGCCAUAAAGCUGAUGGUGAAGACUCUCAAGGGCACCCUCUUCGAGAUCCGGGUGCAGCACCAUGACACCAUUAUGGCUGUCAAGAAGAAGAUUGAAGAGAUCCAAGGAAAGGAUAUCUAUCCACGGGGUCAACAAAUGCUCAUUUACAAGGACAAGGUGUUGAAGGAUGAAAGUACACUGGACGAGAAUCAAGUUACUGAUGAUGAGUUCCUGGUUGUCAUGCUUAGUAAGGUAGGCUGCUUAUAUGCCAUGUAUAGUAAAGCUUCAGCUUUCAGUGGAACUUUAUCUGCUAAGAUUAUGGCUGUCAAGAACAAGAUUGAAGAGAUCCAAGGAAAGGAUAGCUAUCCUCGGGGUCAACAAAUGCUCAUUUACAUGGGCAAGGUGUUGAAGGAUGAAAGUACACUGGACGAGAAUGAAGUUAGUGAAAAUGAGUUCCUGGUCGUCAUGCUUCGUAAGUUUUCGGCAUAA